GUGUGUACACGUGUUAGUCAGAUGAGUGGCUGCUCUUUAAGAGGAGGCUUUCCCCUCAGUCCGUCACACUCUCACCUGGGACCGAGCUGGUGACACAGACGUGAUCUGUCUUUACCUGGUGAUCGUGAACUCUAAAGCUUCAGGAAUGGCUCGUCUGGAUCAGGUCAUCACCAACAUCGUAGAUAUAUUUCUGGAAUAUGCUGACGACGAAGGCAAGAAACACCAGUUAAACAAGGAGGAACUGAAGAAAGUGCUGCAGCAAGAAAUGCAAAGCCCUGAGUUAAAAGGUAAUAUCAAUGCAGAUGACAUUGAGGAAGCCAUGGAGAUGCUGGAUAAAAACCACGACGGUGAGGUCAACUUCCGAGAAUUCUGUCGGUGUGUGUCCGUCCUGGCCAAAUGCUACUACCACAAGAAGACAGGCAAGGGAGGCAAGAGAUGCAAGGGCAAAGAGCAUGAAGGUGAACAAGAGGACUGAAGAUGAACCUAAACAAACGUGCCCUUUAAAAUGUAUGAAGCACUGUAACGUAUUUCAAAAAUAUCUCAAAUACAUAAUAAACAUAAAUGUAGCUGUCAGAUGUGACACAUCCUCUGGUGAAAAUAGACACUAUUGGUAUCAAGCUAUUUGCACAAAAGCUCAAGCCUGUUUCUUGUGUCUUAUACAUGCAUGCAAAAUGUGAAAUUCGCUCUCUUUGUCUCUCAAUAACCAAGUUCCUAUUCAAUUCUAUCAGAAAAUAAAACGCUUUAAAAAGUC